CCCAGCCUUACCCAUCGCUCAUUGUCAGGGUCUGGUGCGGAGCAGGAACAUUCUUUUGCACGCCGGGUAGAUGGCUCCCGUAACUCAGGCCUCUAAAGGACUCGUCAUCGCAUGUCGUCUGUUUUUUCCUAUAUGUAGCAUUGCUCAAGCCUCAAGGAUACCAUUUAACUUGGUGGGAAUACCAGCGACCUGUCAGAUCAGCUACAUUAAUGCUCUUCAACAGUUCUAAACAGGCCAACCAGCUGCGUCUCCUGUCUUGAUUUGGAUAUUCGACUGGCAUCGCUACUGAUUUCGCAAUGGGCACAAUUUCCUAUCUCUUGCUAAGUGCAUUUGCAUUAUCCCUAUGCCUUCUACGGGUUGCUCCAGCCUAUUCCAUUCAAAGCUCUCUUGUUAGGACGUUUUUGGCAAUCUUUAGCAUCCAGUUCUCCGCCUUCGCAAUAUGGAAAUUGUUCCUCUAUCCCCACAUCUUUAGUCCUCUGCGUUAUCUACCCAAGGUCCCAGGGGGCUCAUUGAUAGCCGGGCAAUUUCCUACUAUUCUUCGUGAUCCCAAUGGCGUACCCAUGGAACGGUGGAUCAAUGAAAUCCCGAAUGAAGGACUCAUCCUAUACCACCAUAUGUUUAAUAACGAGAGAGUUCUGGUGACAUCUCCGAAGGCUCUAGCGGAGGUUCUGGUGGCGAAGAGCUACACCUUCAUCAAACCGGACCAGUUAAGGAGGGGACUUGGACAGGUACUUGGCUUUGGGAUUUUGCUAGCUGAAGGUGAUGAACAUAAGCGCCAACGAAAACAUCUCAUGCCUGCCUUCGCAUUCCGUCACAUCAAGGAUCUCUACCCCGUGUUCUGGUCCAAAGCUCGCGAGGUUACCAACGCCAUGGCAGCCGAAGUUCAUCAGCCAGAUGAAGAAGGCGGUGUGAAAAGAGACAGUGCAGUGUUCGAUGCAGCAAGCUGGCCCAGUCGGGUGACAUUAGACAUAAUUGGAGUUGCGGGGAUGGCCCAGGAUUUUCGAGCCGUUCAGGACGAAGAGAGCACACUGUACAAGACAUAUCGUACCGUCUUUCGAUCACCAUCAGGAGCAGCGAAGUACUUUGCUAUAGCCCAGUUUGUCUUUCCCUCUUGGUUUCUCAGGAUGCUUCCUUUCUCUGGAAAUUCGAGAAACGUUAAGGCGGCGGAAACCAUCAAGGAUGUGUCGCGAGAUCUCAUCCGAGCAAAGCGGGAAAAGCUGGAGAAAGGCGAAUCGACAGAUGUCGACAUUAUAUCGGUGGCGUUACAGUCGGGCGGUUUCUGCGACGAGGAUUUGGUCAACCAACUGAUGACUUUCCUGGCCGCGGGUCAUGAAACGACAGCAUCAAGCAUGGCAUGGGCUUCGUACCUUCUUUGCGAGCACCGCGAUGUUCAAGAAAGACUGCGCGAAGAAGUUCGAACCUCUCUUCCAUCUCUCUCGAACCCUAACUCGUCCAUUUCCGCCGCUGAGCUCGACCGCUUGCCAUAUCUGAAUGCGGUGUGCAACGAAGCGUCCAGGUUACUGCCACCUGUGGCUCUUACGCUGCGCAUAGCCGCACAUGAUACGACCAUCCUUGGAAAUCGAAUUCCCAAAGGCACCACGGUCAUUCUGGCGCCAUGGGCCGUCAAUCGUAGCAAAGAGCUGUGGGGUCAAGAUGCCGCGGAAUUCAAGCCCGAGCGGUGGCUGGCGCCGGGGAAGAGCAACAGUGGAGGGGCUGAAAGCAACUUCUCUUUCCUCACCUUCUUACACGGUCCAAGGAGCUGCAUCGGGCAAAACUUUGCAAAGGCGGAGUUUGCGUGCCUCUUGGCCGCAUGGGUCGGGCGAUUCGACAUAUCCUUCGCGGAUCCGGACUAUCGGAUGGAACCCCAGAGUGGCGGGCCAACAUCGAAGCCAAAGAAUCUCAUGCUCAACAUGAAGCCGCUCGAUGGUUGGUAAGCCUGGCUGUACAAGCUGGAGUUUCCGAAAGAGGAAUUGAUGGCCCGGAAGGAUUCCCCAUGGCUGUCGAAGACGCUCAACAAUCGUUAUAUACCCCGUCACCGUCGAAGAUUUGCGGCUCGAUCGUUACUUGUUUCGGCUUGCGGUGCCUCUAGCUAGAGAUAUACGCUAAGGAGGGCAUCAAAGUAAAGGGCUCUCAAUUUCUAAGAUGGACUCGCGCCUUGUUCAUAUUCGCGUACAUAAUACCUACCGGUAGGUACAGAUAUAUCUCACGCACUCCAGUUGGUUUGAAAAAGAAGUUGAGGGGAGCCAAUGAUAUGCGGGAUCGAUGACGUUAAAGUACCCGUAAAUUAUACACACAGCGAUUCCACCACCGUUGAAAUUGUAGUUUGAGG